CUUGCGCGUAGCGAUAAAAAAGACACGUUUGCUGAAAUAGUAAAUAGUUUUCACGCACCGAUUCACCAAUGAAUGCUCGAUUUUUUGCCAGAAGAAAUGGAAGCUAGUGACCUUAAUCGUGUUACCUUCGGAGUAUUAGCUGAGCCAAACCAGGUAACCACCCAGUAUAUAGAAAUGCAACAGAAUUCGGUAUCCAAUACAGUUCCUGUCCUUUCGGGGCCAACCGUCAUUACGGCACAACCACAAGGAGAAACCAGACAAGAAAGGAGACCGAUUCCUGUGAAUACGUUGAAUUGGAUAUCGACACCAAGGUCACAGCUGACCGUACUUUCUGGAACUCACUUCUUAUCUAACGUGGAACAAUUGGAAAUUCAGCAGAUUGUUGACCUCAGCACACUGCUCGGUAGAUUAAAAAAGAAAUUCCAAUACAGAGUAAAAGUACCAAAAGCUGAAACGUUAUUCCUAGCAAUGGAAACAGAAUCAAAGAAUGAAUCAAGCGGUUGGAGUUGCUCCAGAUUGACUCGCGACGAUUUUCAGUUAAAUAUUGUGGACCAAUGCGGCGAAACCGCGUUCACCAUGGUUAUGAAUUCCAUGUGGACGUUUGCUUUGAAUAAAUCGCACAGUAUGUCGGUGCUAAGCCCAAAUUUAAUUGGCACAAUAGGACAAAAUUUGCAUAUAAUAGGUUCCAGUUUUACGGUGUAUGAUGCAAUAGGAAAGCGACUUUGUAAUAUAUACGGGCCAAAUGUUAGUGAUUGUUGCAUGUAUCAAGAAUCCCAGUUUCAGGUAAUCUCGAUCGAUGGCACUCAUCAAAUUGCAUCUCUUAUGCAUCAGUGGGACAAUAUUCUUCACGAUUAUAUUAUGUUAAUUACAUUUCCUUCAGAUUUAGACAUAAAAUUCAAAACCUUACUCCUCGCCGCAGCAUUUCUUCUGGAAUAUCUGUACUUCAGACAACUAAGAAGAUAGUUUUAAUCGUGAAAAUAAGAUACGCAUCAACAUCGACGUAUUCAAACAUUACCAACCAACGUACAUUACCAACCAAACAUUACGUACCAACAAAAACGCGAGGAAAACGCGUCAGCGAGAGGCGCAAAUUCUUGCCACGACUCGGAUAAUCGACGCCGCGAAUUAGUCAUUCCUCUGUUUCGAUUAAGAUAACAGAGGUGGUUAGAAUGAGUUUAACACUGAAUGAAAAGGGUUAAUAUAAACUUGUAUAUUUAACAUCAUUUAGUAUUAUAAUGAGCACGUCACAAAUUAUUUAAUGAUAAAUACAAUUAAUUUGAUACAGGAAUUCGACCUGACUUUAUAAUAUUUCUCGAUAUAUUCGUUAGACUAAUCGACUUUAAUUUUAUUCGUCUGGACCUCUCGAUGCAUAACGUUUGAAUCCUCAAAUGAUACUGAUUAUCUUUCGAUGUUUUCGUGGUCUUCUCUGGGAGACGACCCCCACUACGCUCGGAUCAUGUCACCGUUCACGCCCAUAAUCACGUAUGCCACCUUCUUUGUGUGGAUAAAAUAACGGACCGAAGGCGAAUCGACGUUUCUAGAACUCACUGCUUCAUAAGAAUUAUGCGCUUGUCGCUACAUCGUAUAUAUUUCGCCAGUUAUAUAAAACGAUCUGCCUGCGAUACUGUAAUACCACGAGCGGCGGUUAGGAAUACGGCCUAUGGUAAGCCUCGUGACGUAACAAUAACGAUCAUCAAUAAUAACGGUCAGUAAAAACGGUCAUCAUUGAUAAAUGUA